AUGUCAGAAGCCACUCCCUCCCCCGCACAAGGCGUUGGCCCCAUCUACAGACCCGAUGGCGAAAAGCCCACAGCGACAGUAUCAAAGGACAUAUUUUACGAGAAUGUCCACGUUUUACCUCAGUCCCCUCAGCUGAUCGCUCUUUUGACCAUGAUCAGAGAUAGAAGGACUAGCCGUGCCGAUUUCAUCUUCUACUCGAACAGGAUCAUACGCCUCCUCGUAGAGGAGGGGCUCAAUCACCUGCCAGUGGUUGAACAAUCGGUCACGACACCUGUAGGUCGCGUCUAUCUCGGAGUGCGGUUCGAAGGGAAAAUAUGUGGUGUUUCCAUCAUGAGAGCAGGAGAGGCAAUGGAGCAGGGUUUGAGAGAUUGUUGUCGUUCUGUGCGAAUUGGUAAAAUCCUUAUACAGAGGGACGAGGAAACCUGCAAGCCAAAACUGUUCUAUGAAAAGCUCCCUGGCGACAUCGCAAAUCGAUGGGUUCUUCUUCUUGAUCCUAUGUUUGCAACAGGCAAGGGGCUCGGCAACACUCGCUGUUGAGGUCUUGAAAGCAAAGGGGGUCCCUGAGGACCGCAUUCUGUUUCUUAACCUUAUCGCAAGCCCUUCAGGUGUUGCAGAUUUCGCAGAACGCUUUCCCAAACUCAGGGUAGUGACUGCUUUCAUAGAUCAAGGCCUAGAUGACAAAAAGUGGGUAUCUCACGUUAUUAAAAAGGAAAAGAUAAAAUGA